CUCGCACAUUUUUCGGCUUUGAUAAAAUUUAAAAUAAUAGUAAAAUAACUUUUUCAGCCCCCAGUCCUAAGCCAGUAUGUCUUUUGGUCGAGCUCUCGGGGGUUUUGUACUUACGGGUGUUCCCCGGAGCAGGAGCUUACAUCAGAGGAGAACGCGAAGACCAUUUCCUGUGGUCCCCGAUGCGAGGAUGAAAACUCCAGCUCAGUCUUCCCGACCGCCGCGUAUCCUGGUCAAGAGCUUUCUGGCCCUACACCAACUGGACUCGGCUUACAUGCAGGAUGCUCCACGUGACCUUAGAGACUUUUUUAUGUCAAAUUGGAAAAAUGUAAAGAGCUGA